UACAGUCCUUGUUUUCUUGCGGAGCACACAGAAACUGUACGUGUACUUUAGCUUCUGACCAUGGCUUUAUUACAGAUCACGCAACUCAUGAAGAAUAAGAUUGAGGAAGAUUGAUGAGUAAGUUUUAUUUAUGACUGACAUGUGAUCAUCAACGCUGCACUGAACUGCUUCGUUAUUUAAACCAUGUUCCUGAACUCCAAGCGACAAUGCUUUGGCUCCUUUUGUGCAUUUUGGAUGUUCUUGUGGCCUCAUUUGAGGUGACUGUCCCUAAUAAACAUCUGCUGGCAAUCCGAGGUCAUCCAACUGUACUGGGCUGUGAGUUCACAUCUGAUCCUGACCUCUCCAACUUGGUUGUUACCUGGCAACGACAGGAGGAUGCACGGGUUGUCCACAGUUUCUAUUAUCAACAGGACCAAUUGAACCGACAGAGUCUAAAAUACCACAAUCGGACCUCAUUGUAUGUUUCAAAGCUUCAUAAAGGAAAUGCCUCUCUAAGAAUUGCAGCAGUUAGACCCAAGGAUGCAGGCUGGUACAUGUGCAUAGUGAGCAACGCAAAGGGAACAGGAAGAGCCUUGAUGGAAGUGACCUAUGAAGCCUCAUUUGAGGUGACUGUCCCUAAUAAACAUCUGCUGGCAAGCCGAGGUCAUCCAACUGUACUGGGCUGUGAGUUCACACCUGAUCCUGACCUCUCCAACUUGGUUGUUACCUGGCAACGACAGGAGGAUGCACGGGUUGUCCACAGUUUCUAUUAUCAACAGGACCAAUUGGCCCGACAGAGUCUAGAAUACCACAAUCGGACCUCAUUGUAUGUUUCAGAGAUUCAUAAAGGAAAUGCCUCUCUAAGAAUUACAGCAGUUAGACCGAAAGAUGCAGGUUGGUACCUGUGCAUAGUGAGCAAUACAAAGGGAACAGGACGUGCCGUGAUGCAAGUGACCUAUGGAGCUCUUUACUCUGAGCCCAGGUUAAGCAUCCAUGUAAACUCCUCUGCUUUGAAAGUGCAGUUUGAGACAGAAGGUUUUCCCAAACCUGAGGUGAUCUGGCUGGGGGAACAUGACCAGAACCUCAUUUAUCACCUGGAGAUCCACGGCCAGACAGAAGAUGGACUUUAUUUCAUAAAGAGCAUCUGUGAGGCCCAGAAGCCAGUGAUUAAUAUCACAUUUACACUAAAGAACCAUCUCCUGAACCAGAACCUGCAGAGACCAGUGGUUCUCAGCUAUGAUGAGGACACCACAGACCAUAUGAUCAUAGUACUUGCUGUCCUCUCAGUGGUUUGCAUUCUUCUGGUUAUUGGCAUCAUUUGGUUAGCAGUGCAGAAGCAGAACAAACAGAGAUCUUCCCUGUGAUGAACCAUGAGAGAUAAUGAAUGGGAGGGGACUGCCAUGUUGACAGCUUUGAUGAAUUUAACAAUUUAAGCUUAUCAUCAAGGUGGACCAUGGACCAUAAAUAAUAUGUGUCUACUUAAGGGUUUAUAAGGUCAGCAUAUACAUGCGUAAUGUAUGUGUGUUUGUAUUUAUAUGUAAAAAGGUUAUGGUCUUUUAUGUUUCUCUUCCAGGCAGCUCAGUGAAAACAGUAUUUGUAAGGAAAACAGACACACAGGAAUAGAAUUUCAUGAGGGCAUCAGAUUAUCAUCACAUUUAUAUCCUGGUAGUUCACUUUAAAAAAACUGCAAUUCUGUCAUCAGUUAUGCAUCUUCAUGUCAUUCCAAACCUGCAUGACAUACAGUACCUUCUUCUGUGGAACACAAAAUAUUAUAUAUAUUUAGAGUUUUCAACUGUUUUGUCCACACAUUGAAAGUUAAUGAAAUCCAAAACAACACUGGACACCCCUGACUUUCACUGUAUAGGCAAUAAUACAGUGAUUGCAGUACUUCCAUCUCAUGUUUCCAUCAUCUGAAAAUGAAAGACAUUUGUUAGAUGUUAGCUGUACAUCAAAGCCUGUAUCAGUCCUACAUCAUAACCAUAAUUAUUGUUAAACUGGGUUUGAUUUAACACUAUAUUGAGGUCAAGCUUGAAGCACAUGUGCGAAUCCUAAUACCUGAGAUCUACUGAUAAACUUUGAAGACCCUGCAGAGACAUGUAGGAAAUUCAAUAACAUCAUAAAAAGGCCCCAGUGAGCUUGGGUAUUGAAAAGGUGCAGUCACCCUUGAGCAUCAGAGAAAUGAAAGUUUCUUUCAUUUCAUGAAACUCCUGAAUAUCCAGUUCAGUGGAAACUCUGUUCACACAGUGGUAGUGAUACAUUUCACAAACAUGAAUUGUUUAUUCAGUCCAUUCUUACAAAAAGGCCAUAAAAACUAAGUGACCUGGGAAAAAAUGUGUUGAAUGUGUUUUUGUUUUUUUUUACUAAAUGUAAUCUCUGCAGUCAAAUCAGUGACACAUUGUAACUUGAAUGAUGGUGGUUACACAACAAAUCUGUACAAACAAACUUUUUGAAUCCAGCUAGUUGCAUGACUUGCUUCAAACAUCAUUCAGAGUAACCUGAUGCUGAUGGCUAUUUUUUCCCACACACUACAUUUAGAGCAAAUCACAAUCCAGCAUCCUUCUUUUAGCUUACCCAUGCAUUAAUACAAUGUACUGUAGCAAUAAUUUCACAUAGUUGU